CGCAGGCCUGAGGCAGCCAUUUAGUGCUGCGGAGCGUGACGCUCUGGUAACAUGUCAGAAGCUGAGGCAAGCAGUGGGAUGGCCGGCAACGCUGGACCUGAUGAGAAAACGUUGCAGGUGUUGCGGGACAUGGCCAACCGCCUGCGAAUCCGUUCCAUCAGGGCCACAAGUACCUCAACCACUAGCCAUCUCACACCAUGCAGCAGUGCUGCUGAGAUCAUGUCUGUGCUGUUCUUCUACACAAUGAGAUAUAAACAGGCAGACCCAGAAAACCCAGACAACGACCGAUUCAUCCUUUCAAAGGGACUACCAUUUGUUAAUGUGGCAACAGGAUGGCCUGGGCAAGGACUAGGGGCUGCCUGUGGGAUGGCAUAUACUGGCAAGUACUUUGACCAAGCCAGCUAUCGGGUGUUCUGUCUUCUGGGUGACGGGGAGUCCACAGAAGGCUCUGUCUGGGAGGCAUUAGCCUUUGCAUCCUAUUACAAUCUGGACAAUCUCGUGGCAAUAUUUGAUGUGAACCGCUUUGGACACACUGGCUCCAUGUCCGUUGAGCACUGCAUUGCUGUCUACCAGAAGCGUUGUGAAGCCUUUGGGUGGAAUACUUACGUGGUAGAUGGCCGUAACGUUGAGACCCUAUGCCAUGUGUUCUCACAGGCAGCUCAAGUGAGAGGCAAGCCCACUGCUGUGAUUGCCAAGACCUUCAGGGCCCGAGGCAUGCCAAAUAUUGAGGAUGCAGAAAGUUGGUAUGGAAGGCCAAUGCCAAAAGAAAGAGCAGAUGCAAUUAUCAAAUUAAUUGAGAGCCAGAUACAGACCAACAGGAUUCUUGUACCACCAGCUCCUAUUGAGGACUCACCUCAAAUCAGCAUCAUGGAUAUAAAUAUGACCUCACCCCCUGUUUACGUAGCUGAUGACAUGGUAUCUACUCAAAAAGCAUGUGGUUUGGCUCUAGCUAAAUUGGGCCAUGAAAAUGACAGAGUUAUUGUGCUGGAUGGUGACACCAAGAACUCCAACUUUUCUGACAUAUUCAAGAAAGAACACCCAGAGAGAUUCAUCCAGUGUUAUAGUGCUAAACAAAACAUGGUGAAUGUGGCUCUGGGCUGUACCACCCGUGACCGGACCAUUGCUUUUGUUUGCACCUUCGCUGCCUUUUUCACCCAAGCAUUUGAUCAGAUACACAUGGGAGCCAUCUCUCAAAUGAACAUCAACCUUAUUGGUUCCCAUUGUGGGGUAUCUAUUGGUGAUGACAAUCCCUAUCACAUGGCCCUGGAAGAUCUGGCCAUGUUCAGAGCAAUUCCCAACUGUACUGUUUUCUAUCCAAGUGAUGCCAUCUCCACAGAGCAUGCUGUUUAUUUGGCAGCCAAUACUAAGGAAAUGUGUUUCAUUCGUACCAGCCAAGCAGAAACUGCAGUUAUUUACACCACUCAAGAAACCUUUCAGAUUGGACAGGCCAAGGUUGUCCGACGCAGUGACAAUGACAAGGUCACAGUUAUUGCAGCAGGAGUCACUUUGCAUGAAGCCCUAGUGGCUGCUGAUGAGCUCUCUAAAGAAGAUAUCUCUAUCCGUAUCAUUGACUUGUUUACCAUUAAACCUCUGGACACUGCCACAAUCAUUUCCAAUGCAAAAGCCACAUCUGGCCGAAUUAUCACCGUGGAGGAACAUUACCCAGAAGGUGGCAUUGGGGAAGCUGUCUGUGCUGCAGUCUCCAUGGAGCCUAACAUCAUAGUUCAUCAGCUGGCAGUGACAGGGGUGCCUCAGAAUGGGAAAUCCAGUGAAGCACUAGAUUUUUCUGGAAUCAGUGCCAGACAUAUCAACGUAGCUGUGAAAUGCAUCUUAAUGAAUUAAAUUAGCUGUUGGUUUUUGUCUUAGAAGAUUAGCCUCUUUUCUGUGUAUUUAUGGUUGUACCAAAACCAUCACUUAGAUAGAAAUGAUUGUGCUUUGUUCUCCUUAAAGGCAAAACCAGCUAACACCUUUAUUCCUCAUUCAGUAAUUCUAAUUUCCCUUUCAUAUGUGACUACAUAUAUGAAUAUUCGUUGUUUUUACCAUCAAAAUGGGUUAUAUUUAAAAUGGCAGAAUAGCUAACAAGACAACCACCUGAUACUGAACUUUCACAUAAGACUGCAUGUAAGUGAAUUAAGGAUGAAUGUAGAAGUGACAGUUUAAAAAGUAUUUCCCUCAUAAGUAAAGCAAAUAUGUGUUGAAUUAGAGUCCUCAGCCCAGCUUUCACAACACUAGACCCCUGAAAUCCAUAGUGCAGUUCGACUUGAGUUACCAUGUAUGCUGCCUUCCUACCUGCAGCUUCCUGAGUAAUGUGUAACUUCAGGUGCUCUUGAAUUUUCUCUGCUGUUUCCCUUCAUAUCUCCUCCACAGUUCACAGGCUGGUGAACAGAACGAAAGCAGUUAGGAUGUCUUGUGCUGUUUGUGAUGACUGUUCUGUGAAGACACAAGGACACUAGUCUUGAUCUCCAUACUAUGCUGUUUGAUAUUAAAGCAUUUCAAAAUCA